ACAACAUCUCGUCCAGCUGCAACACACAUUGAUCUGCAGCAGCCAUCAUCACCAUGGGUCGAAACGGCUUCUUUGGAGCCUUCCAGGGUCUCGAUGCGUUUGGCAAGACGAUGGAAGAUGUCAAGAUCAAGACUCGCACCGGUGCUUUCUUGACCUUCCUCUCCCUCUCCAUCAUCCUCACCUCGCUCACCAUCGAGUUUGUCGACUACCGACGAGUACACUCGGAGACCUCGAUCAACGUCGACAGGUCGCGCGGCGAGAAGAUUGUCAUUGACCUCGACGUGACCUUCCCCAGCGUGCCAUGUUACUUGCUAUCCAUUGAUGUGGCCGACAUCUCGGGCGAGAUCAUCAACGACAUUACGCACAACGUCAAGAAGAUGCAGCUCAACGAGCAAGGUCACGAGAUUGGGCCGAUGAAGGGCCAGCAGCUCAAGGGCGAGGCUGAGCGGAUUGCCGAGGGGCGCGCGCCCGACUACUGUGGCAAGUGUUACGGUGCGCCGCCGCCCGAGAACGGGUGCUGCAACUCGUGCGAGGAGGUGCGCCAGGCGUACAUCCGCGCCGGGUGGUCGUUUAGCAACCCCGACGACAUUGAGCAGUGUGUCGAGGAGCACUGGACCGAGAAGAUGGCGCAGCAGGCCGCCGAGGGCUGCCGCGUCUCGGGCAAGCUGCGCGUCAACAAGGUCAUUGGCAACGUGCGCUUCAGCCACGGCGCGACAUUUAUGCGCAACGGCAUGAACCUCCACGAGCUGGUGCCCUACCUCAAGGACAAGCACCACCACGACUUUGACCACGUUAUCAACAAGUUCCACUUUGGCGCCGACAUUCCCGACUUUGCGCAGGAGAUGCUCAAGCCCAAGGAGGAGAAGACGCGCGCCGAGCUCGGCAUCAAGGACCCUCUGACCGGCGUGAGCCGCUACGGCAAGGACCCCAACACAAACAACAUGUACCAGUACUUUGUCAAGGUUGUCUCGACGUCGUUCCAGUACCUCACGGGCGACGAGAUUCCCACCAACCAGUACUCGGUUACCGAAUAUGAGCGCGACGUCCGCGGUGGUCUUCUUCCGGGCAAGGACGAGCACGGUCACAUGACCUCGCACUCGAACCACGCUAUCCCCGGUCUCUUCAUCAACUACGAGAUCUCGCCCAUGAAGGUCGUCCACAAGGAGACGCGCCAGUCGUUUGCCCACUUCCUCACGAGUGCAUGCGCCAUCAUUGGUGGUGUCCUCACUGUCGCGAGCUUGAUCGACUCGGCCAUCUUCUCGGGCCGCAAGCACCUCGAGGGCAAGAAGGAGUACGACGGCUUUGGUGCGCCGGCGGGCAAGAUGCUGUAAAACGGACUAGACGCACCAUUAGGGCAGGAUCCAUGAUGCAUGGCUUGGCAAG